AUGACAUCUGAACUGCUGCCAGUUACGAAGGGCUGCAAGCGUGCUGCAACGCAGAAGCAGCCGCGGCGAAAGAAGCCAGCAAAGGCUGAAACAGCAGCAGAUGGCUCCACAAACAAUGAAGAGCCGGCCCCUAGAGAAGUUGUUCUGGCGUACAUGCGUCAGCAGAACCGGCCGUAUAACCUGCAGCUGAUAUUCGAUAAUUUGAGGCGGUGCAUCAAAAAGCCAGAUCUCGAGCGUCUGCUUGACCAGCUGGUGGACGAUGGAUGCCUCAUUUCUAAGGACCUCGGCAAGACGCGUGUCUUCAUGUAUUCUCAAAGCCAGUUUGGCGUUUCUGUGGCUGAAAACGGGGAUAUUGCUGCUGAAAUCAAACAGUUCGUUAAAAAGCAAACUGCACUGCAGCAACGCAUGCAAGAAAUCCGAAACCGCGGAGCCCUGUUGGACAGCCUCACCGCCAAAGUUGCUGCUGCUGAGGCUGAACGGGCAGCAAAAGAGGAAAAGCGAGCCGCAGGAAACGCAGCAGCGACAGUGACAGCAGCAGAAGCAUCUGCUGCUGAGCACCUGCACGCCAAACUCCACGCUGCCUGGGCUUUGCAGAAACGGCGUUGCCUUCAGCUCGUGACGCUCCUCUCAGAACGGGCGCAGGCGGACCCGCAGCAGCUACAAGAGGAACUCGGCCUGGAGAGAGACGAAGACUUCAUCCCCCCAGAGGCCUAUUCAAAAUACGAUUGA